CUGCCUUCCACAUUCCUCCUCCUUCAUCUGAAGCUUCACUUUUGAAGAUUCUCUGAGACUAAGAGGCUUUCCGAUCAUGGCUUCUCUUGUGGUGUCUGAGAUGCUUGGAAACCCUCUUACCUUCAAUGGCGCCACCAGGUCGGCGCCGCCACCGUCGCCGUCCAGUCCCGCCACCUUCAAGACCGUCGCUCUUUUCUCUAGGAAGAAGGCAGCCCCUCCUCCUUCCAAGGCAAAGCCUGCCGCCGUCUCUCCGGCCAACGAUGAACUCGCCAAGUGGUACGGUCCUGACAGAAGAAUCUUCUUGCCGGAGGGUCUGUUAGACAGAUCUGAGAUCCCGGCGUACUUGACCGGAGAGGUUCCCGGAGACUAUGGUUAUGACCCCUUUGGUCUCAGCAAGAAACCAGAGGACUUUGCCAAAUAUCAGGCAUAUGAAUUGAUCCAUGCCAGAUGGGCUAUGCUUGGUGCUGCUGGAUUCAUCAUUCCUGAGGCCUUCAACAAGUUUGGAGCAAACUGUGGUCCUGAGGCUGUUUGGUUCAAGACCGGAGCUCUGCUUCUUGAUGGCAACACAUUGAACUACUUCGGAAAGCCCAUCCCUAUCAACCUUAUAGCUGCUGUCAUUGCAGAGAUUGUUCUUGUGGGUGGUGCAGAGUACUACAGGAUUAUUAAUGGCCUUGAUUUGGAGGACAAGCUUCAUCCGGGCGGUCCAUUCGACCCACUGGGGCUAGCAAAGGACCCGGACCAAGCAGCACUGCUAAAAGUGAAGGAGAUAAAGAAUGGAAGGCUUGCCAUGUUUGCAAUGCUAGGGUUCUACUUCCAAGCAUACAUAACAGGAGAAGGUCCAGUUGAGAACCUUGCCAAACAUCUCAGCGAUCCUUUUGGCAACAAUUUGCUCACUGUCAUUGCUGGUUCUGCUGAGAGAGCUCCUACUCUGUGAAGAAUCAAAUCAGUCAAAUCCUCUUUCUUCAAUCUCUUUUUUUUUUUUUUCUAUGUAAAAAUACAUCUCACUUAGACAUCCCUAAGCCAGUUUAUAUUGCCUCCUUUUAGCCCCAAAUCAUUUCUAAUUUUGUAAAGCCUGAGUUAAAUCGCAUAUAUAUUAUCUUCUUCAACUUGCUAGCAAGUUUUCUGCUA